AUGUCCAGCACAGCAGAGCCAGUUCUAGUCUCCUAUCCACCGGCCCCAUCAAAUGUUAACCCAAGUCCGCCAGCGGAAUCAGUCCCAGCAGCCGAUGACGUCAAGGUAGCCGAUACCACCAAGCCCCACGAGGUUCCAUCAAACGAUAAGCCGCCUUCUGUGGAUACAAUCCGCAAGGUCGAGAAUUAUCCGAUCCUCGAUAAUAAAGGCGAAAAACAUUCGUUCAAGAGUAUCUACGAUGGACCCGAUUCAACGGGGCGCGUUUUGGUGAUCUUCAUCCGCCAUUUCUUCUGUGGGAGCUGUCAAGAGUACAUUCGCGCACUAGCUGCGUCAAUCAAGCCAGACGAGCUACUCAAACUACCCAUCCCCACCACUUUCGCCAUCAUCGGCUGUGGAGAUCAUGGCCUAAUCGACUUCUACGCCAAAGAAACCGGAUGUCCAUUCCCCAUCUAUGCCGAUGAAGCAAAUACCCUGUAUGAUGACCUGGGUAUGGCUACAACCUGGGCUUUCGGCGCAAAGCCAGAGUACUUCCGGCAGAGUAUGGCGCGGGUUGUCUUGGGGUCCAUCACGCAAGGGCUCAAGCAUCUUAGUAGUGGACUUGCUACUAAGGGCGGGGAUACUAAACGGGUAGGUGGUGAGUUCCUCUUUGAACCGAGUCAGGAUGAAGGAGGGAAGACGAUUUCAUGGUGCCACCGUAUGACGACUACGCGGGAUCAUACUGAGGUAAAGGAGUUGGCAAAGGUGCUUGACAAGGAUGGGACUGUCUUGUUGCAGACGGCGUAG